AUGCAGUUGCUGUCGAGCAUGUUAGAAACUGCCGCGCUUGUGGCUUGCGCGUCUAUCAUAAUCUCGUUGAUAUGGAAUCUCCUCCGCCGCCUGCAUUACUAUCAGAAGGUCUACACUUUACCCCUUGCACAAGAUUAUGGGCUCUUUACGAGAUUCUGCUCUUCUAAGGCGCGUAGUCAGUUCAUCGCCAAUUUCAAGACCUUGAUGCGGAAAGGUUUCGAUAAGAACAAGUAUGGGUUUCGUGUAGAUACAGACCUAGGAGAAGUGAUCAUCCUCGCACCGCACUAUGCCCAAGAGCUCCGGGAGGACAACGGUCUCUCUGCUGGAAUUUACACAAAUACGGAGCUUAUGGGCUUUAUCCCAGGAAUGGAGGCUUUUGCUUUCGCAGGCACCCAUAGACAGCUCAUGCACGAUGUUAUUACGAAGCGACUCAAUCGUGCCCUGCGUGGGUCCCCGUUGACUUUAUACUGGCAUUGUGUGGCACUGUAUGAUACAAUGUUGCGUACAGUCGCCCGCGUUUCAGUGCGUGCUUUCUUGGGUGAAGAGUUUUCUCAAAACAAGCGAUGGGUUGAAAUAAACUCGCAAUAUACCGUCAUAGGUCUAGGCGCAGUUAUGGCUUUGCGAUGGUGGCCGCGCUAUCUGCUACCAGUGAUCCAUCAUUUUCAUCCUAAGGUCCGGGCAACUCGAGAGCUCUUGACAGAGGCCCGCAAUAUCAUAGCCUCAGUGCGGUCGAAGCGAAAUCAGGAAGAGGAUCGAGAUGUCCGUGACUCUUUGGAUUGGUUCGAAGAGUUGGCCAAAUAUCGAGGUGAGCACUAUGAUGCAGCUGUUGCUCAGCUUACAUUCGCUGUCGCGGCGAUGCAUAGUACCACAGACGAUCUCUGUCAAGUAUUGAUCGACCUGAGCGACAAGGCUCAGGUUGUAGAUGACUUAAGAACGGAAAUUGCCACCAUUAUCGCGCGCGAUGGAUGGAAGUAUGAGAUCUUUAGCGAGCUAAAACUCAUGGACAGCGUGAUGAAGGAGUCUCAGCGGCUGAAGCCCAUCAAUAGGGUAUUCAAUAAGCGCGCUGUAUUGAAAGACAUCAGCCUCAGCAAUGGCAUCACAUUGCCCCAAGGCUCAUUUGUAGCCAUCUCUUCCAAUAGCAUGAGAGACCCAAACAUAUACCCCAGCCCAGAUGACUUCAAUGCUUACCGUUUUAUCGAGCGGGCUAAGAAAAAAUCCGACGUAGCCCGUCUCUGUGGCUUCUCUUCUGUCAGCAUCGACCAUACUGGGUUCGGUUUUGGAAAGCACGCAUGCCCUGGCCGCACCUAUGUCACACAGGAACUCAAGAUCCUCCUUAGCUAUAUCAUUCUGAAAUACGAUUGGAAGCUACCAAAUAACUACGAGCCAAAACAGAUGAAUAAUGGCUUCGAUAGUUUGACGGAUUUGACAGCCUCAGUUCUGGUGAGACGCAGGAAUGCAGGAGACAUUCUGCCGAACUGA